AUGGAAGCAGCAGACGAGGAGAGGCCACUUCUGAACCACCGUUGCCUGCCUCCACAGCCGCAGGACGAGUGUUCAAGAUACACCAGUGAUGGAACAGUUGAUGUCUACAGACAGCCUGCUCUCAAGCAGAGCACCGGCAACUGGAGAGCAUGCGUCUUCAUCCUAGGCGCCGAAUUCAGCGAGUGCUUGUGCUUCUUCGCCGUCUCCAAGAACUUGGUCACCUACCUCACGACGGUGCUCCACGAGAGCAACGUCGACGCCGCGAGGAAUGUGUCCACCUGGGUCGGCAGCUGCUUCAUCACGCCGGUCGUCGGAGCUUUCUUGGCCGAUUCUUAUUGGGGACGAUACUCGACAAUUGCAAUCUUCCUCUCUGUUUACAUCUUUGGGAUGCUCAUCAUGACAUCAUCGACGGCGCUUCCCUGGCUCCUGCCUCGUUUUUCCGACGAGAGCAGUGGUGUCCAUCGCGCCGCCGUAUACCUGGGGCUCUACCUUGUCGCCCUCGGCACCGGCGGGAUCAAGCCCUGCGCCACGGCCCUGGGCGCCGACCAGUUCGACGUUGCCGACCCGGCGGAGCGGGUGGCCAAGGGAUCCUUCUUCAACUGGUACUACUUCUCGAUCAACAUCAGCUCGCUGCUGUCGGCGACGUUGCUCGUAUGGGUGCAGGACAACAUCGGGUGGACCGUCGGGCUCGCGAUCCCGACGGUGCUCAUCGGGUUCGGCCUCGCCGUAUUCGUUGCCGGCGGGAAGAUAUACAGGUACAAGCCACUGGGAGUGGGAGGUAGCCCGCUGACGAGGGUCUUCCAGGUGGUUGUCGCCGCCGCAAGGAAUUGCCGUCUCGAGCUGCCCGAUGAUGCCUCGGCCCUGCACGAACAUGGCGGGGCGGAGCAUACCAGUCAAUUCAGGUUCUUUGACAAGGCUGCGAUCGUGAUGCCGUCGACGGAGAAGAAGGGCCCGUGGCGGCUCUGCGCGGUGUCGCAGGUGGAGGAGCUGAAGAUGCUGCUGCGGAUGUCCCCCGUCUGGGCGUCGACGCUGGUCUUCUUCGCGGUCACCGCGCAGAUGUCGUCGACGAUGAUCGAGCUGGGGAUGGCCAUGGACAACCGCGUCGGCACCUGUGUCGUGCCGCCGGCGUCGAUCUCCACCUUUGACAUUGUCAGCGUCCUCGUCUGGGUUCCCAUCUACGACGCCGUGCUGGUGCCGCUCGCGCGGCGCGUCACCGAUCAGGACAGGGGCUUCACGCAGCUGCAGCGCAUCGGCGUCGGCCUUGCUCUGUCCGCGGCCGCCAUGGCGUACGCCGCGUCGGUCGAGACGAGGCGGCUGGCGGCGGCGCCGGAGACCUCGAUGAGCAUCAUGUGGCUGGCGCCGUGCUACUUCGUGCUGGGCGCGGCCGAGGUGUUCACCAGCAUCGGCAUGCUCGAGUUCUUCUACGACCAGUCCCCGGAGUCCAUGAAGAGCCUGGGUGUGGCGCUCGCGCAGCUCGCCGUCGCUGGCGGGAACUACCUCAACUCUGGCCUGCUCGGCGCCGUCGCGUCGGCCACGGGGUGGAUCCCGGACAACCUCGACCAAGGCCACCUUGACUACUUCUUCUGGUUCAUGGCGGCUCUCAGCGUGCUUAACCUGUUGCAGUUCGUCUACUGCCACUAG